GUUUUCGUAAUUUUUGGGCUGUAAAUGAAUGUUGGUCUGUCGGCCGUCUUCGAGGACGGCACAAGUGGGCCGUCACCUUAAUACAUGGGCCGAGGCCUUUUGGCUAGGAAAAAGUACACCAAAGGUCCCUCAACUUGUCAUCGAGUUACAAAAUCGUACCUCAACUGAAAAAAUAUUUGGGGUCUCUUAACUAAUCAAAACCCGUUCACAAUAGAUCCUCUAUGGUUUUGAUCUUGGUUUUGUCCUAUGUGACAGUUGAGUCAGCGUGGGACCCCCACAUAUAUGCCAUGUCAUCUCUCCCCUCCCUCUCCUCUUCCUCGGUUCCUCCUCUCUCUCUCUUCUCUUCGUUCUUUUUCCGGCGAGAGUGCCGCGGCGGAGCACGAGCACCACGCCGGUGGCCGGAGCUGGAGGAGCUCCUGCGGCUGCUCGUGUCCGCUCAAGCGAGUUGGGAGGGAUGGAGGAGGCGACGGGCGCCGGAGAUGUGGCGGCGUCUGAUGGUGCUUCACCGCCGGUGGUGAAGAUGACGACGGAAGGUGGGAAUGCGGCGGCGGGCGACAGGGGAGGAGCAGCGCGCGGGAGGCGGGAGAGGAGCUGGGCAGCCGGCGACGAGCGGCAGGGUGGUAUGGCGACGAGGCGGCGGCGGGCCGGGCGCAGAGGUGGACUCUCGAGCCUUGCCGCCGCUCUCGGCGGACUCGAGGCCGUCCUCAUCGUAGCAAGGAGUGACAAUAGCUCCCGUCCUCAUCCUCCUUCCGCCGCCGCAUUCGUCGGCUUCCCCCACGGCGGCGCGCACGCCCGGAGGGUGGUGCGGCCGGCGACGGCGGCUCCCGAGGAGGCCAUCGAGGCACCGUUGAAGAGGAAGGAGACGGCCUCGCCGCCACCGCCGCUGGAUAGAUUGGUGACAAACAAACCUCCUGGGAUGAGGUUUACAGCGAGAAGAAACAUGCGUGGGCCUGACGGCCUGUCGAUCACCUUCACAAUUCCAACAGCUUUGAUGCCAUUUCGGUGUCAGGUUCAGAUGGGAGCUCAGGGAGACCAGCUCCACCGUGUCGGGCAGCCGCCUCUCCUCCACCUGCUUCAGCACGCAGACCAGCUCCACCGCGUCGGGCAGAGUGAGGGUGGCGAGGCUGCAGGGCGGAGGAAGGUGGCGGGGCCCGGCGGACGGCAUCGGCGAUGAGAUAGGGAUUGGGAAGGGCGGUGAGGUAGUCGGCGUCGUGGGAGUAACCGGGGAGGAGGAGGCGCGCACGCCUGCCGCCGCCGCCGCAUCGCCGGCCGGCCGUCGGACCUCCUCGCCCGGCGACCUCCUCCCCACCGCCGGCCGGCCUUCCCAGAGAGAAGAGUGUGUGUGAGAGAGAGGAGCAAGGGAGAGGAGGGGAAACAGGUACCUGCUGACGUGGCAUACUGACAGGUAGGGUCCACAUAAGUCCCACGCUGGCUCAGCUGCCACAUAGGACAAAACCGGAUCAAAACCACUAAGGGACCUAAUUUGUAAUGGUUUUGUAAGUUUGGGAUGCGUUAUACCCGGUUUUGCGUUUGGGGAUGAUUUUGUAACUCGAUGACAAGUUGAGGGA